AGUCGUCACAGCCACACAGAACAACCGAGAAACCACUCUGCACGCACGCCCACAGAGAGAGACGAAGAGGAAGAAACAGAGAAAGAGAUCGAUAGAGGGAGAGGGAUCGACAUCGGCUUGAUCCACCGUCCAUCAUGAGGCCGAUCAGAGAAGGUGAAGCCCUGGUCGGAUUCGCCGGGGCGCCGGCGGCGGGCGGCCACGGCCACGGCGCGCAUCCGGGGCUGUGGAGGACGCCCACGCCCUACCUCUUCCUCGGCUUCGCGCUCAUGAUGGGGCUCAUCGCCGUGGCGCUGCUCGUGCUCGUCUGCACGCGCCGCAAGCCGUCCGGCUCGUCGCGGCGGGGGAGCGCCGCCGAGGAGGCGUCGGCGCGCGGGAUGGCGCCGCUCGACAGGGAGCCCAAGGUCGUCGUCAUCAUGGCCGGCGACGACUUGCCGUCCUUCCUCGCCAGCGCCAGGCCGUUCGCGUUCCCUGAUGCCAUCAACGCCGCCGACGUCGGCGAGCAGCGGCAGGCGGACGCUGCGUAGGCUCGACGCCCGCCCGUGUAACCGCGGGACCAAUUUUGGCCUCUAGGAUUCCCCCUGCGCGAUCUGUAUGUAGAAUCUACGCCUACUCAAUCCGUAGUAGCAGAGAAGAUAGAGCUCUGUAGUAGUUUGCGUUUCUUGGUGAGGUGAGGUGAGCGGCGCGCAUGGCGUGAGCGCGCCGGCGGCGUGCGUUGAGUUGAGAUCUGGCGAAAGCGAAUGGAAUUUUGGCUUGCAUCUUCAUUCAAUAAAUGCAUGAUGCUUGCUUUU